UCGUGCCCGUGUACGCGCAAGCGUUGAGGCGGUUGUACUGGGGGCUGGAUGAGGGAUUCACGGUGAAGUCCAGUCACUCAGUCACACCCGCCCGAUUGCUGGGGUGGUUUCGGUUAGGAUUUGGGGAAAGAGAGCAAGAGCACCGAAGUCCCAAGAAAUAGGGACACGAUUCAGGAAUUUCCCUUUUGAGAAUAAAACCGUUUGAACGGCCCAUGGACGCAAAUAAAAUCACGCAACCCGUUUGUUUCUCUACACUUUGAAGUUUAUCGGUUGCACUUGGAAAUAAUAGCGGGUUUAUUUGAGCAUAUCUGAAGUUUUUCAGCAAUGAACCAGUUAUAUCUAACAGUGUCUGGGGCGCAAACUAAAGCCAGAAGUUCUCAGGAACUGGGGCUGGACGGAGAAAAGUUUUUGGUUUUAUAACGUCUCCGCGACCUCUCCUCUUUCUCUCCUCUGCUUUUUUCCAGCCAUUGGAGUCCGAAAAACAGCGGAUAAACAUACCGUUACGAUUUUUGCGGAUAUAGUUCCUCACAAACAUCCUUGAAGGUUUUGAGUUGAUGGUUUCGAGGCUGUGGAGAUACAGUGUGAAUUUCUGGAGAUUGUACACGAGAGGAAUGCUGAGUAGAGCCGCAUGUAGAGAUGAUGCUUCUGCCAUGGCACCCAAAGACACUUUAGGAGUUUUUGUGGUUUUGCUUUUAUGCUUUUGUACCGUUUUCAGUCAAGAACUCAAUCCGAAGGGCAGGAAUGUGUGCAAAGCUCCAGGGUUACAAGAGCUUGUGUGUUGCAGCGGAUGGGCGCAACAAGGCGAAGACUGUUUAACGCCUCUCUGUGAGGGUAACUUCACUUGUAAUGAGAAUGAGGUGUGCGUACGACCGAAUGAAUGCCGAUGCCGUCAUGGGUAUUUUGGGGCAAGUUGUGACACAAAGUGCCCGCCUCAGUUCUGGGGUCCAGACUGCAAGGGCAAGUGCACGUGCCACCCCAACGGUAAAUGUGACGACGUGACUGGGAAAUGCACCUGUUACCUCAACCGCUGGGGUAAAAACUGUGAGAAACCCUGCCAUUGUCAACAAGGGAAGUGUGACCAGGAAACCGGGAAAUGUACCUGCCAUGCGGGUUUCUGGGGAACACAGUGCAACAACAACUGUUAUUGCAGCAUCAACUCAGUGUGCGAGCAGAGCUCGGGACGAUGCAUCUGUAACCCGGGCUGGUACGGGCGUAACUGUGGGGCUCAGUGCACUUGUAACAACUCACCCUGUGAGCAGUUUACGGGGCGAUGCCAGUGCAGGGAGAGGCUCUGGGGUCAACACUGUGAACGCUACUGCCAGUGCGUCCAUGGAAAGUGUAACCCGACCGAUGGGUCAUGUACAUGUAAGCCCGGAUACAGGGGGAAGCUGUGCCGGGAACCAUGUCCUGCUGGGUUUUAUGGACAAAACUGCAGAAACAGGUGUGGUCACUGUAAAGGCCAGCAGCCCUGUAAGGUUACAGAGGGCCGAUGUGUGACCUGCGAGAGCGGCUGGAAUGGCACUAAAUGCGAUCAGAUGUGUGCCCCGGGUUUCUUCGGAGAGAACUGUAAGGAAGAGUGUCCACCGUGCAAAGACGGACAUUACUGUAGCCGAAUCGAUGGCAAGUGUUCACACUGCAAUCCCGGCUGGAUCGGAGAUCGCUGUGAAGUACGCUGUCCUAACGGCACCUAUGGCGAAAACUGUGAGAAGGAUUGCAGCCAUUGUUUUAACGGAGACUGUCACUUCGCCACAGGAGAGUGUCUGUGUGACCCUGGAUUUUAUGGGACAUACUGCAACCUGACAUGUGAAUUCGGUCAGUUUGGCGUGAACUGUGCUCAGACCUGUCCAUGCCACGACAUGAACUGCAACCCGGUAUCAGGGGACUGCAAUCUACAUCCUAAUCAGCGAAUGGGAGUUAUCGCCGCAGGAACGCUGGUGACAUUCCUCUUCAUCGUCCUUCUCUCUCUGCUGUGUUGCUGUUUCCUCUGUAGCAACAAAAACAACCACAACUCUGACCAAGAAAACUCUACUAAUAGCAAGAAAGCCAAGAUAAUCCUUUGUGGCGGAUUUAGCCGAAUCAGCACCAAACUUCCCAGAAUCCCUCUCAGGAGACAAAAACUACCCAAAGUUGUUGUAACCCACCAUGAUCCAGAAAACACCUUCAACAGUAUUAUCGAACCACCUUCCAUUGUGGACCAACCUUCUCCGUCGUGGUCGUCGCAGGAGUCCUUCUCUUCAUGUGAGACGAGUGAAGACGACCAUCAUUACUCCCUCCCACCCAACGAAUCUAUGAAUGAGAGUUAUGAGAAAAGAGGUUCUAGUGUUACUCAAGAAAUAUCAUCAACGCCUAAUGAAGAAGAUGCUGGAGAGUACACAUCUCUCAAAGAGACAACAAAGCCAUAUGUUAAUGAUGGAUCCGAGCAGCCACUGCUGAAGUUCUCUGACAGCGAGGGGUCCACCAGCGGUUCAGAGUCAACCAUGGGGGCCGUUUAUGCUCACAUCGCUCGUCUUUCAAAACACUCCAAAGACGAGGAGGAUAAUGCGGCACCAGAGGUCAAAGGGAACGGCAAGGCACCGUCCCCAGAGAAGAUGAAACCUCGUCCUCCAGACCCUUCGACCAAACCCAAGGUGUCCUGGAUUCACAGAACAUCUGGAGACAGCCAAACGGAGCAAAGCCAGACUCCGACGACGCACAAUGAGAAGAAGAAGAACUCUGGAAAGGUUGAGGAAAAACAGAAGUCAAAGGAGAAGUCGAGCAAGAACGGUGAGAAGGAUCAGGAAGGUAAGAAGGACGGAAACAAAUCUCCAAGCAAAUGCAAAACUAACAUAGCCUCCGAACACAUCAACGGAACGUUCCAGAACGCCUGGAAGAAGAUCGGAAACUUCCACUCGGACAAGAAAACCGCUGACGCCGCCAAAGAUCCGCCUAAAAGUCCAAAGAUCAUGCAUCCGCACAUAAACUCGGAGGCUGCUACUCUACUAGCGGCUCAGUUAAAAGAAAAAACCCAGAGCCUGAAUCGUAACGAGGGUCUCACUGUAGGCGUCAAAUCCAAUGGUGUGUCAACCCCUCAAGUCAACAAAGAGAAACCCACCCCGCCUCAAAAGACCAAACGUUCAACGACAGGGUCCAACAAACCGUUACUUCCCACCUCCAGCAAUCUACAGAAGAUGGUGGCCCCUAUUUCAGACUCAACCCCUGAGCCUACAACUCCACAGAAACAGGGGAUAAAUGGGACCAAGGUAGAAGUGGAAGGCGACGUCACACCAAAGAAAACACCGAUCAAAAAACCACCAAGGAAAAAAGGCAAGGAGGGAACGGUAGAAACAGAAAACAAAAACACUCCAAAGACGGCCAUUAUGCCGCCUCAGACAGUCAAAUAGAGAGUAGCUCUGUUUUAAAACUUGUGAGCUGCCUUGUUACAUACAAAACCAGCU